CACUCCUUUCUCAGUAAGGCGAUCCUAUGUACCUGCUCCUCUGAAUCCUCUCUCAUUUAGCAAAUUCACCUGACUAACAAAGGACUCGACUCCCUCCCAGAAGGAGACAAACAACCCACAGGCUUACGUCACUGCCAGAGAGGAAUUAGACUACAGGGAGGCCUUUCAAGUCACGUCUGAAAAGAGUUUCAGUUGAAGCAACUCAAAGAAAUCAGCUCUCCACGAUGGUGUCCACUGGGUUACAGAUUCUGGGCGCAGCUCUGGGGAUCCUGGGCUGGAUCGGCGCCAUCCUCGUGUGUGCUCUUCCCAUGUGGAAGGUCACUGCUUUUAUCGGCAGCACCAUUGUGACCGCGCAAACCACAUGGGAGGGUAUUUGGAUGAACUGCGUGCACCAGAGCACAGGCCAGAUGCAGUGUAAGGUCUACGACUCCAUGCUGGCCCUCAGCUCUGACCUCCAGGCUGCCCGGGCCCUGACCAUCCUCUCUAUCGUGGUGGGCAUCCUGGCUAUCCUGCUUAGCAUAGCCGGGGGGCAAUGCACCAACUGUGUGCAAGACCCCUCGGCCAAGAUCAAGGUGGGCAUUACAGCUGGAGUUAUGUUCAUCAUCGCCGGGGUCCUCUGCCUCGUCCCUGUCUGCUGGACGGCACACACCAUCAUCCAAAACUUCUACAACCCGCUGUUGGUCAGCGCCCAGAAGAGAGAGUUGGGUGCUGCGCUCUACAUCGGGUGGGGGGCGGCUGGCUUGAUGCUGAUCGGAGGAGGCAUGCUCUGCUCCAAUUGUCCCCCUAAGGAUGAAGGCUCCUACACUGCGAGGUACAAGGCUGCCAGCUCUGAGGCCUCAGCACCAGCGUCCGGGAAAAACUAUGUCUGAAACAGAUCCGAAAGUCUGUAAAUAGCUCCACAAAGCCAUGUUCAUUGGGACAGAUGCACUGGUGCUACUGGGUUGUGUGUGAUAUUCCAGGGUGAGCAAAAAGUAUUUGCAGUUUUACCCCUCAGGAGAGCCUUUGAUGGGAAUACAAAUUGGGGAAUAAACCACACCCAAAGAGUAUAAUAAAUGUUAUAUGUUAACACAGUUGUUUGUAUGUGUAUGGUUGUUGAUAUGAAUAUUAGUAAUGUGUAACUCUUUUUUGAGUUGUACAAAUAUUCUAUAACCUAAUCUGAAAGAGCUAUAUGUGGGUUGUUUUUAUAAAUCAUAUAAGAUGUGUGAUGUACCAUGUUAAACUGUAAUUAAAUAUU